AUGACUAAUAUUAUAAUCUUCUUUCUUCUCCUCUCUCUUGUCCUCGUUCCUCUCUACGCAUAUGCGGCACCACCGUGUGUCGGCUGUAUGACUCCCGUCCCCACUCUUUUUGACCCUCACGUCGCAGAUGUCGGCAAAUUCGCCGUCUCUCAGCACAACAAGGAGACCAAAUCGAGUUUAAAGUUUGUGAAGGUUGUUAGCGGCGAGUAUCAAGUAGUCGAGGGCGUGAAAUACCAGCUUGUGAUAUUAGCAACUGACGACGGCGAAAACAAUAACUACCAAGCAAUUGUAUUUGAGACGCGGGUGGGGCCGAGAUCAAUGACUCUCAUUUCUUUCAAGAAACUUUUAAUGUAA